AUGAAGGAAAUUGUUGCAGAGGAGAAAAAAUCUAAUAAGUGUGCACCUAUCAUAUUUGAGUUUAAUCAAUUGAGUACUUUAUUGCUUUGGAACGCAAAUGAUCUCAAUGGUUUCUAUGCUGGAAAUCAUACUCUAACAUGUCCAUCUCUGAGAAAAAUUGAUGUUUUCAAUUGUGCAAAAUUGACUUUGUACAAAAGUAUUCUAUCUACAUGCAGCUCCCAAACUAGCUUUCAAGAUGACAAAUUCUCAAUUUUAAGACAACAACCACCUUUCAUUAUGGAAGAGGUGAUUCCAAACUUGGAGGAGUUAAGAUUUGAACAUAAGGAUGCUAACAUGAUAUUGCAAGUCCAAAACUCAAGUACACUGUUCACCAAAAUAAAAUUUCUUGGUUUGUCUAAUUAUACGAAUGAAGAGACUACAUUUCCUUAUUGGUUGCUCCAAAAUGUGCCAACUCUUGAGUCCCUAAGUGUUGAUUGGAGUUUCUUAAAGAAGAUAUUCCAAGAUGAAGGAGAAGGACAAAUAAGUGACACACGGCUCAAAACGUUGACAUUAAAUGGAUUACCUAAACUUCAACAUAUAUGUGAAGAAGGGUCCCGAAUUAACCCAGUUCUCGAGUCCCUGGAAUACUUAUAUCUUCAUGGUUGUUCUUCUUUGACAAAUUUGUUGCUGUCUUCUGCCACACUUAAUCAUCUCACAUGUGUGGAGAUAAAAUGUUGCAAAAGGCUUAAAAGUUUAUUUAGAUCUCUUGUAGCUCAAAGUUUGGACAAGCUCACAACAUUGAAGAUAAAAUGUUGCCAUGCACUUGAAGAAAUCAUUGUCAGAGAAGAAAAUAUUGUUGACAUUGCAUUUGUUAAUUUAGAAAUAUUAAUGUUGGAAUGUUUGCCAAGCCUCAACAAAUUUUGCUCUAGUAAGUGCUUUUUAAAGUUUCCAUUGUUGGAGGAAGUCAUUGUGAGGGAUUGUAACACCCCGGAUUGUCCUCGCAUGAAGGUUUUUUCUGAUGGAAACACAAGUACACCAAAUCUUCGAAAAGUGAAAAUUGCAGAAAAGGACCAAGAACAAUUUUGGAAUAGAAACAUAAAUGAUACAAUAAACAACAUGUUUGUAGAUAAGGUUGCAUUUCGCCAAUUCAAAUAUUUAUCUUUAUCAGACUACCCUGAGCUAAAAAACUUGUGGUAUGGCAAAUUUGAUGGGAACAUUAUGUUUAGCAAUUUGAAAUAUCUAGUGGUGGAAAAAUGUGAUUUUUUAUCAGAUGUACUUUUUUCAUCAAAUGUAUUACAAGUGCUACAUGGAUUGGAAGAUUUGGAAGUAAGAAAUUGUGAUUCUUUAGAAGUUGUAUUUGAUGUGAAAGGUAUGAAGUCUUCUAAAGAAAUAUUGAACAGUCAAUUGAAAAGAUUGACUUUGUCUAACUUGCCAAAAUUGAAGCAAAUAUGGAACAAUGAUCCUUAUGAAAUUAUGAGCUUUGGAAACUUAUGCACGGUAAACAUUUCUAUAUGCCAAAGCUUGUUAUAUGUCUUUUCAUCUUCACUAUGCAAAGAUCUUGGAAAUCUUGAAUUGCUUGAGUUAGACACUUGCGAAGUGAAAGAAAUUGUUGCAACGGAAUAUGAAGGAUCAAUGGAAAUUAGCUUUAAUUUUCCUCAAUUGACUCAAAUAAGACUACGUCUUUUGACAAACCUUAAUAGUUUCUAUCGAAGAAAACAUACUUUAGAGUGUCCUUCAUUGAAGGUUUUGAAUGUAUAUCGUUGUGAAAAAUUAAGAAUGUUCUACUUCAAUGGUUUAGACCCAUUGGAUCAUGAUGAAAGUCACAAUGAUAUGCUAUUUCAACAACCCAUGUUUUCUAUUGAAAAGUUAAGCUCCAAGUUGGAGGAUUUCACAAUAAAUGGGACAGAUGCAUUUAGAAUGUUGAAUGCUUACUUUCAGGAAAAUAUAUUUUCUAAAAUAAAAGUUCUUCGUUUGCAGUGCUUCAAUGAAACUCCAACUAUUUUUCUGAAUGAUUUCCAUGCAGUAUUUCCUAAUCUUAAAUCUCUUAUAGUGCGAUAUAGUUCUUUUGAAAUAUUAUUCCCUAUUUCAAAAGGAAGUGCUGUUGGCAAUCUCAAUAAGAAAAUUUCUAAGCAAAUAACAAAAUUGUGGCUUUACGAAUUGGAAAAUAUUAAGUAUAUUUGGCAUGAAGAACUUCCACCAGACCAUCCUCUACUACAAGAUCUAGAAAGUUUACUAGUUUGUAGUUGUCCAAGUUUGUUAAGUUUGGUACCAUCGUCAAUUUCAUUCACAUAUUUAACCAAUUUGGAAGUGGACACCCUUAAGACCUUGCUCUCUUGA